CAACGAACGAACACUGGUCUUCCCGCGUCACAGUCCCCUCGGUUACCUUCCGUGUGUAUUAUAUUCCACAGACGACAGUACUACCAUGGGAGGAUCCGGAUUGGCAACUGGCGCUGGCACACGCGUCGAUGUGACGCUCAAGCUUCCGCAGCUGCAGAACUUGUGCAAGCGCGAUCCGGAAGGAUACCGGGAGGACUACGACGCCCAAACGCGACGUUUGGAAUCCGAGGUCGGCAUUCUCGCGUUGCAGCCCAAUCACGAACCAUCUCCUCGGCUCGUGGAACUCAUACAGUUCGCCGCCGCCGUAUCCAGUAGCUCGUACAAAGGCCAUGAGUCGGAUCGGAUCGCAAACAUGCUCAUGAACCUGUUGGUUGGCGGUGGAGAAGGAAACACCCAGACUUCCUCCAACACCGUUACGGUUGAGGAACGAACCAUCGUGCAGCAACAAUCCGUCCAAAACGUCAGUACCAUGCCGGCGGCGGCACUUCAAUUGCACCGGGAAGUCCGCAAGACCUGCGUAUCCGCCUUGAUUCUUAUGCGCAACAAGGGCGUCGUGGAACCUUUGCGUCUCCUCGAACUCUUUUUCCGUCUCAUGGCCGUUCUUCCCGACAAGGCCUUGCGCGAAUUGCUCUAUAAGCACAUGGUCAAUGAUAUUCGCAAUCUCAACAAAAAGGGCAAACGAGACGACAAGGUCAAUCGCGCUGUCCAGUCCUUUCUGCACCGAAUCGUGGCCUUUCACGGUUCCGACGCGGGGAAUGGCGGUGCCGAGGCCGCGACGGACGUGGCAGCCAAACGCGCGACCGACCUGACCUGCGAACUCUACCGACGACGCGUAUGGACAGAUGACCGGGCCGUGGCCAUCCUGGCAUCAGCCACACAGUCUGCCAAUUCUACCGUCAUGUGCCGGGCCAUGCGAUUCUUUCUGGGCAUUGAAGAGAAAAUGGCUCUAGACGACAGACGACAAGAAGAAGAGGAUUGGGAAUCUAAGAAUCAUAUCGAUUAUCACUCCCACUCGAAAAAGACCAAGGCCAAUGCGCGCCACGUGGCCAGACAGGUUAAAAAUCGCAAGAAGGUGCAGGUUAAGAAAGAAAAUAGUGAUUGGAUGGAAGCAGAUCCCAAAAAGGACAAGGGCGUGGAAGCUUCCAAAAAGCUCUAUCCCGCCAUUGAAAUGCUGCGCGAUCCACAGGGACUUGUUGAAGCUACUUUCAAACGGCUCCGCUCUGCCAGUUCCUGCAAGUAUGAAGUCAAACUUUUGAUGAUGAAUUUUGUCACUCGAAUAGUCGGCAAUCAUGAGCUGAUGCUCCUUCCCUUGUAUCCUUUCUUGCAAAAAUACAUGGGAGGUAGUCAACGAGAUGUAACGGCCGUAUUAGCCUACUGUGUCCAAGCUUGUCACGAACAGGUACCUCCAGAUGAGGUCUACGGUAUCCUGAAAACCAUUGCACAUAACUUCAUCACGGAACGCUGCUCGGAAGAACAAAUGGCCGUCGGAAUCAACGCUGCUCGAGCAAUUUGUGCCCGCGUUCCUUCAGCCUUGUCGGUGGAGGAGGGAAACGAAAUUUUGACGGGCGGAACUUCUAUGGACGUCGAAGCCUUUGCUAGAGACUUAGCGGCGUACUCGAAUCAUCGUGAUCGCAGCGUUUCGAUUGCUGGAAAGGCAUGGACCAACUUUAUUCGUGAGGUCCAUCCUGGUCUAUUGCAAGGCAAAGAUCGUGGUCUUCUGGGUUCUGCUUUGCACAAAAACGGUGCCAAGCCUCUUCGUUAUGGUGAGAAAGAAGUUUCGGCGGGUGUGGAAGGAGCCGACCUGUUGCUCGAGUACGAAUCGAAAAAGGCAGCGUAUCUUCGCAAGAAACGAGAUCAAGGCGAUGAGGACUAUAUAUCGGACGAGGAUAGUGUGUCUGGAGAGUGGGAGGAGGUCGGAGAAAAUUCGGAAGACGAAGAACCUCCAACAUUGCUCAACAUGGAUGGCGAAAGCCAGCAUGAUUCUGAGCCGAGGAGGACGACCUCAACGAUGAUGGAAGAGCGUAACAAGCUGAAGCAACAAGCUUCAUCAACCCGCAUUUUCUCUGCUGCAGAGUUUGACAAAAUGCGGAAGCUUGUGGAAAGAGAAAAUCGUGCCAAACGCGAUCCACGGGAGGCUGCUCGUCGCAAACGGGCUAUCGCUCAGGGACGAGAGUUCGAAGAAAUUUCCGACGAUUCCGAUUCCGACGAAGAGAUUCAUGUGGCCGGUGCGGUCAACCCAAGAGAUCUAAUGGCGGCAGCAAAGCGAAAACGACAGAGCAAGGCUGAGAAAUUGCAAAAAAUUCUCGCUGGCCGAACAAAGUUCGAAUCGAAGCAGCGAGAGGGAGGUGCAACCAACGAAGAAAAGAAGCGCAAAAAGAACUUUCUCAUGUCCAAAAGCAGUCGCGACGCUCGUGGGAAGACUCGAGUGAAGGGUGGGCUUGGGAAGAAGCAAGUGGAAAAGCAGACCGGGCAUGUUGCCAAGAAGAGAAGAAGACGGCUUUGAGCUUACGAAUAGCGUGCUUGUCACUGUUAGUCUUUGCGCUUUUGUGUUCCGACAAUAGUUUGCUGCGACCAGUAGGCAUCGCCAUACGCAACGAAAAGUUCUUCCCCAGGAAAUAUUUCUCGAGUUGUAACAAUAGCAGCGCGGAAUGCCUCGGGAACAUAUUCACAGUUAAUAAUAAAUCGUCAUUCAGCGGAUCGUUGAUAUAACGUGCCUUUAUGUGCAUUAAGGUUGCAGGAUCGACAAGAACAUCUCCAUUGAGGCUCAUCAAAUAGCUUUUGUCCCGUAAUAUCUUUGAGGAUCGAAAGGUAUGUAUGUGCCCAGAGUAAU